AUGCGCCAGUACUUAUUGCAGCUCGAGGACGCGCACGGCUUGCUCGGCGAUGCGUAUGAACACGUCGCCGAUGAUCUUGCGCUUUUCCUCGGGCACGGUGGUGUGGCACAGCAGCGUCUACUAGGCGAACAGAACGCAUGCGCCAGUACUCAUUGCAGCUCGAGGACGCGCACGGCUUGCUCGGCGAUGCGUAUGAACACGUCGCCGAUGAUCUUGCGCUUUUCCUCGGGCACGGUGAUGUGGCACAGCAGCGUCUACUAG